GCUUUGGCAUUAUAUCGGCUCUUCCUCCAUCCUCUAUCCAGAUACCCCGGUCCCCGACUAGCUAUCUUGACCGACUGGUAUGUGAUUUAUUAUGCCUGGCGAGGCGACCUACACAAACAAGUACAACAAUGGCAUGCAAGAUAUGGGAAGGUCGUCCGCUAUGGACCGUCAACCCUCAGCUUCAACUCGGCCACGGCUAUGACUGAGAUCUAUGGCGUCCGGGCCAACGUUCGCAAGACAGACGGAUAUGCUGCGCUGGGCCUCAGUCGUCGCUGUCCGAAUAGCUUAGUUGCCCUAGACAAGGGGUUGCACGGCUUCAAGCGACGGAUCAUGGCCCAGGUAUUUUCCGAGCAGAACCUGAAGCAGAUGGAGGAGCGCAUCCUGGACAACGUCACGGACUUUGUUUCGCUGCUGGGUUCGGAUUCCGAGGCCUCGCGGGGAUGGGGUCCGCCCAAGGAUGUCGCGCAGGCGUGCACCUGGAUGACCUUCGACAUCAUUGCUGACCUCUGCUACGGGGAGGAUCUCAACCUGCUGCAGGUGGAAGACAUGCGAUGGUUUCCCUCUGUAUUCCGCAAGAUCAGCCAACGAGGCAUGAUGAGCCUCAUCCAGCCCAGAUUCAUCCAACUAAAGCUCGACCACUUCCUCCUCGCCUCUCAGUACAAAGCCAUCCUCCGUGCGGGCAGCUGGAUCCGCGAACGCGGCGAAGCCCGCGCCAAACUGGGCAACAAGAACAUCGAGAAGGACAUCUUCAGCACGAUGAUGAACGCCACGGACCCGAAGACCGGCCGGAACUUCACUCAGAAAGACCUCUGGGUUGAAUCCAUGCUGUUACUGGUAGCAGGCUCCGACACGACCGCCAACGCCCUCAGCGCAACAAUCCACUACCUCCUCCACCACCCCACCAGUCUAAAACAUCUGACCACGGAACUCCGCUCGACCUUCCCCACCGAGACCAGCAUCCGCUUCGACUCCGCCUCCCCGACCACCAGCCCGUACCUGCACGCCUGCGUCAACGAGGCCAUGCGCCUCGCCCCGUCCGUGCCCAACGCGCCCCCGCGCGCCGUCUGCCCCGGCGGCAUCUACAUCGACGGCGACUUCAUCCCCGCCGGCACCGUCGUCGGCGCCCCGAUCUACACCCUCCACCGCAACGAGGCCUACUUCGACCGUCCGGAUGAUUUCCGGCCGGAGCGGUGGUUGGAUCCCUCCUACAGCAGCAGCAACAACAACAACAACAAGUCCCCGGGGGUUUCUGCCCAGGCUUAUCAGGCCUUCUGCCCCUUCAGCUACGGGGCCCGCUCCUGCGUCGGCUGGCGUCUGGCCUACACGGAACUCCAUCUCGCCGUGGCGCGGUUGCUCUGGCGGUAUGAUGUUCGGUUAGCGGCGGCUGCUGCGCCGGCUUCGACUUCCUCGCCGAUUCACGGUAAGACGGAUUCCGAGUAUGAGAUGAUGGGGUGGGUGGUGGCGGCCGUGGAAGGGCCGGUGGCGCAGUUUCGGAGGCGGGAGGAUCUCUUUUGA